CAGCUAAAGCUGUCUUUACGUGAAGUGUAGAGAGGUUGUGACUUGUUAAUCUACAUGGACUAGCGAAUCUGACGCACCCUCGAGGAGUGGAAGUCCCUCGAAUGGCAGAGUACAGGGAAGAAGGCGCCUCCUCAGGCCUCCUGGAAUCAUCCAAUGCUGCCGCUGUCCCGGCUGGGAACAUAAGAGACGUUUCCGACGAGCUGACGCAGUUCGCGCCGUUCGAAGCGAGCAAGACAAUCUCCCUGCCCUACCGCGGGGACCCCAGCAAACGCCCGCAGGUGGAGAUCAACGAUGGUAGCUACCUCGGCCAGCCCAAAGUGCUCUUUAGGAAACUUCGACAGGGUGACCCGUCCAGGCCAGGAGCCGGGAUCAGGGGCAGUCCGGACCCGGAGCUGAACCGCAGUGCUGGUGGGGGAGCCGCGGGGAAGAAUAGGGUGAGAGUGCAGGUAGUGGGAAGUGGUUGGCAGGAGGAGAGAGAGGGAGGAGCGGGAGGGAGAAGGGGAGGAGGGAAAGUCGUCGACCCCGAGAGUGGGAGAGUUACAAAGUCCCUCGUACUCAAUCGUAUUGGGACUCUUGGAAAAGACCAGGACUCAAGACACGAUCUGAAGAGGUACUGGAUGCCAGACAGUGCCUGUAAGGAGUGCUCCGAGUGCGGUACAAAGUUCAACAUCAUCGUUAGGAGGCACCACUGUCGUAUCUGUGGGAGGAUUUUCUGCAACGCUUGCUGCUCUCUCACUAUCCCAGCCAUGAAACUAAGACCUGAUCUUCAGGGCAACCUGAGAGUGUGCAAAGAAUGCCUCGAGAUAUUUCAAGAGUUUCAAACCAUCAAAAGACCCGAGGGUUCAGUGCUCACCUCUGACCCAUCCUCUGCCAACUCUAAACCAGCUCCAACUUCUGCCUCCUCCUCCCCUCCUCCGCUGCCCCCGCAUCUUCCUCGGGCGUCGCCACAAAGAUGCGCAGCGUGUCCGGCAGUUUUCAGAAGAACGUUGCUGUUGCAGGAGAAGGCGGUGGUAGUGGUGCUGGUGUUGGGGGGAACGGUGGUGGGGGAGGAGGGAGUGGUGGAGGAGGGGAGGCGGGGGCCAUCCGACGCACCGGUAACGGGAACCACGCCCGGGUGGUCACCCGCCACGGCCGGGAUCAUAGCCUGGCUACUGAGGACUGGCCAUGCCUCCAACAGAGUCGGUGCGGUUGCUAUGGGCCAGGCACUGGUGGACACGAAGCGACUCCAGGUCGUCAGUUCCCUGGACAACCAGUUCAAGGACGAGCAGAACCUGUUUCUCGAGUUUGGCCAGGCGGCGCACAUGGGUUCCGAGCAACUGGUUGAGAGUGCGACUGAUCUCGAUGCCCCCACAUGGUUCCAGAGACUGCCAGAGAACGGAGACUCUGAGGCCGAGCAGAGCCAGCGUGGCAACCUCGACAGACUGAGCGUCAGGUAUAAUAGAGGAAGGGGAUCGUUCAUGAACAGCCUGCAGCCGACGAUCACCAUCUCCUCCAUGUCUGAACUGACAGGAGUAGCCGACUCCGAGUCAGUACUCCCGCAGGAGAAAGAGCACUACUUUGUCGUCAACCAAGACAAACUGGCCGUCGAACAGUCCUGUGGCAGUAGCGGCAGUGAACUAAAACUCUCGCUACACGGAGAAGAACACUCCAUGUCCCCCGGUCCCUCCACCCCUCCCCCCUCACUCUUUCCCAUGGCCUUUGACCCCACCUCCCCCAACUACAACAACAGCUUCACUGUGGUGAGCGACCGGGACAUCAUGAAGGCUCUUCCGGUCGGCGGGCUCUCGGCCGCCGCUGACACGGCGCAGGACCUCGAAUUCGAGAACGGGAAGGACAUCAAAACAAACAACGAGGCCCGAGCUGUCUUCGAAAAGGAGCGUGCGCUUCACUUUGACUCGAUCAUGAUCCAGUUGAUCAAGUCGUGCGGGAUAUCGCUCAGUUGGCUCAAAGUGAUCAAGCCACUCAUCAAAGAGGCUGUUAGGAAGGUGAAGACAAAUGUCUACUCCACAGACACCAUGGAUAUCACACAGUAUGUGAAGGUAAAAAAGAUCCCAGGUGGACGAAGGGCCGACUCAGUACUGGUCAACGGAGUGGUGUGCACAAAGAACAUAGCCCACAAGAAGAUGAAGAUCAGCAUCCGAAACCCGACCGUACUCCUCCUAAAGUGUGCCUUUGAGUUCCAGCGGAAGGAGAACCAGUUGUCAUCGUUUGACACCCUCCAAAUGCAGGAGGAGAAGUACCUCAAGAAUCUGGUGGCCCGCGUCAAGACCUUCCAACCUCGCGUCAUCCUGGUACAGAAGUCCGUCGCCCGCAUUGCACUGGAGAUGUUCUUUCACCUUGACAUUGUGGUUGCCGUGAACGUGAAGCCCUCCGUGAUGGAGAGGGUGGCUCGGAGCACGCAGGGGGACCUUCUCCACUCUCUGGACCAGCUGUUCUUCAACGUCCGUCUAGGAACCUGCGGGCACUUUCACGUCCGCGACUUUGUCCUCCCAGACAGAGUCAAGAAGACGUUGAUGUAUUUCAACAACUGUGACCCACGGCUCGGCUGCACCAUCACCCUAAUGGGGGGCUCCCGACGAGAGCUCAAGAAAGUCAAGAAGGCCACCCUCUUUGGCGUGUUUGUCGCUUACAACUCGCAGCUCGAGACGUCGUUUCUGAUCGACGAGUUUGCCUGGCCGACGGCCGCGGACCACGACAACCUCCAUCUUCUCCCAGAUACGGAGGAAUACUCCUCUGCCUCCAGUACCCCGGAGUGGCCACUCCAUCCCUCUGUCUCCUACCCCGUCGAAGGAAUCUCCCCGGCCGAGCUCACCAGGAAACUGGAGGCUCUUGUCCCAGAAUACAAGGCAGAGUGCGAGCCUCGCGAAUCCUCGUUGAGGUCGACUCCAUCCUUGCCCCGUUCCAGUGUGGGGAGCCUGAGCUCAAAUGCGAGCCCACUGCUAUCCAACGCGCGGUCCUAUUCCGUGAGUGGGACACGGGGUGAGAGUCUGACAGUAGUAGCAACGGAGACGGUCCACGAUGAAGAUAGUGAGACCACACUGAACCCUGCACCAAAUACUUUCCACUCGGUCGACGACGUCCGAUCGAGGAGCGAUCCCCACCUUACAGCUAUUCCCUUCGUCCCCGACUCUGCCACUCUCUCCGUUCUCGGGAACAAGGAGUUCGAAAAGGCGCUGAGUCUGCAGGUCCUCUCGAUCUCCCCCGGAGUAAAAUUCCCCGUCCCAUACCUCCAGACACCUCAGGGCUUUGCGGCCGACGCCAGAAACUACCUCCCCUCAGUAAUCUACUGGUCGUACCUGUUUCAGGCUGCCGUUCAGGCCUCUCUGAAGAAAAUUGCUCCUCUGAACUCCACCGAGAACUUGGAGAUGGGUAUAACGGCAAAGACUGUUUCAGAAGCUGUUCCUGGGAGUGAACCUCAACCUCCCCUUCCCCAGCAAGUUUCUCCAGUUGAGACGAGCACCCAGUCGACUCGGUCUUACCGCAGCAUCUCCGAACACCCCUUCACCACCUCCAUUUUCCUGCUCAAGGCCAACACCAACGAGAUGAAGGCCGCGCUGGCCGACUACCGAGCAAACUCGGGGGUCGCGAACCCGUCGCACGAAUUCUUCUUCCCGACCGCUUUUCGGGCUUCGGACUACCGGCAGCACCUGCAGAACGUCUUCAACAAGUACCAGCAGUUUGAGCUGUCGUGGUCUCGUGGGAGGGCCGGUGAGGCUAAAGAGGUGGCAGGUUGGAGAGAGAAAAGCUGUGACAGCAUAGAUGGUGGUGACACCAAAGCGCAUGAUCUGGACGGUGAGAGUCUGACAGGUUCCGAAGAAGCCGGGGAGAAGAAGCAGCGACUUCGGCGUCGGACAAGGAGACACAAAACGCCGUCAUUCACUGGGUCGGGGGCGAGAGAGGGGUCAGCAAUUAGAGAAGGGUCAGGGGUGAGGGAAGGGUCAAAGGUGAGAGAGGGGUCAGGGUUGAGCUGUGACAGUGGUGUUGGGAGGGCAAGCGAGGUGAUGAUGCUCACGUCGUCUGAGGCUAAAAGUCAACAGGAGGAGAAAGAGGCCGAGAGGCUGUUGGCAGGUCUUCAAGAGAGUAGUGGUAAACACAAUGAGAGUAGAGGGUCCACUCCACUAAGGACUAUGGGAACACUGGACGACAUCGACAGAGACUACUCCAAACUAGUGCCACAGACACCCGAAGACGAACUGUUAGAUCUCCAUGGAAACGAAGAGAAAGCCACACCUCUUCCGGUUCAUUCCGACCACCUUGUGACCCUCUUCCCUCCGUACCAGCAGGUUGACUGUAUGGACCCCAUGAACCACCAGAGUAUCGCCAUCCUCUUUAGCAGCACCUGCCACGAUGGACAGCGCCACCAACUUCCCUGUGUGCCUCCCUGUGUGAUCCAGAUGCAGUACUACGGACACAACGACAUCUCCCUGGGCGACUUCCUCAAACGCUACUGUUUCCGGCCGGACUAUCGCUGCCAGACGUGCGGCUCCGAGAUGACGAGACACCAACGGCACAUCAUCCACGGGACGGCCGCCCUCCACAUCAGCGUGCAGCACCUGGACAUAACCAUCCCUCGCUCCAACGACGGGAUAUUCACGUGGCUGGCCUGCAAACACUGCACACUCUGCACGUCCUACAUCAGGAUGGCCGACAACUCCCUCCUCUUCUCCUUUGCCAAGUUCCUGGAGCUCAAGUUCCACUGCGACGAGUUUGUCACCAGACUGCACAGCAAGACGGACGACGCCUCGUGCCAACACAGUCUUCACCCCCACUAUCUCCACUACUUCAGCUUUCGCAACAAGAUAGCCUGCUUCCAACCGGCUGAGAUCUCCAUCCUCGAGUUGAAGAUUCCACCGAUUGUGGUAGUGAUCAACACACCUCACUCGGAGUACCACCACAGCUUCUCCAAGGAGAUCAAACACAUUGAGCACAUUACUGAAGGGACAAGUGUGCUACAGAACAGAUCAAACAGCGAUCUCCAGUCGUACACACAAUCGAGCCUGUCGCUGCUCGUCGCACGGAGCAGCCAUGCCAGGUCAAGGGAGAGAGAGACGCAUUCCGAAGUCGUAUCAAGCUGCUGAAGGAGAAAGUGGUGCAGGGAGGAUUCCUGGAGUCAGGUGGGGAGGAGAUGAGCGACGAGAGACAGGAGGCCGAGUUUGCCGCUCUCCAGGACGGUAUCGCCGAGAUAAAGAGAGCGCUCACCGAGUUUGUCAGCUGCUGGAACAUUGAGUGAGGGU